UCUUCCUCCCCUCCCUCUCAUCAGCUGAGUGCUUCUGUCACGGGUCUGGCGUGGGCUUCACCGCUGCUUGCCUCCACAAAAUCUACAAAAGCGGGGAUGUAAAAAUCGCAAUAAGCACUGUUUGACAGGCGGUAACACUCAAGCGUCACCCCUUCCGGUUGUGAGGAUGACCCUGAUUCCAGUUGUGCCUGAGAACCACAGCCAUGUGCUGGCGGAGUUUGACUGCCUUGAUCCCCUUCUCUCUGCUCUACGGCUGGAUUCAGGCAGGCUGAAGUGCACUUGCUUGGCAGUAUCUAGAAAGUGGCUGGCAUUGGGGACAUCAGCUGGAGGCCUGCACCUGAUUCAGAAGGAGGACUGGAAACAAAAGCUCAUCCUCACUCAUAAGGAGGGAUCCAUUGCACAUGUGGCCUGCUGCCCUCACGACGAAGACUUUGUCGCUGUUGCAACAAGCCAGGGUCUGGUCGUGGUGUGGGAGCUGCAUUUGGAGCGACGAGGUCGUCCGGAGAGGGUCAGCGUGUCGUGGGAGCACAGAGGUCAGACCAUCACAGCGCUCUGUUGGGACACCAGUACACUCCGAGUCUUUGUGGGAGACUCUGGAGGAAAAGUGACGUCUCUGCGGGCAGGAUCCUCUAAACUCGGCAAGGGAUCAGCAUUUGUCAUCUUCCCGGUGCAGACUGUCACCACUGUGGACUCCAGAGUUGUUCAGCUUGGAUGCCAAGAUGGCCGUCUGCUGGUGUCAUCCUUAAGUCGCUGUUACCUCGCUGACACAGAGAGGGAGAAGUUCUGGCGCGUUGGAAAUAAAGAGCGCGACGGGGAGUACGGCGCCUGUUUUUACUCACACAGCAAGGGGUUAUUAGGCCAGUCUCCUCUGCUGUACUGUGCUCGGCCGGGUUCCAGAAUAUGGGAGGCUAAUUUUAAUGGAGAAGUUCUGAGUACCCAUCAGUUCAAACAGUUACUAGCAUGUCCUCCACUUCCUCUUAUCACUUACAGGCAAGUUUUUCCUUUGUCUCUCGAUUGUUUUUGUUCUUCCUACUGUAUUUGUUUUUCUUCCUGUAGAGAAGAGCCACGCUACAGUCCAGAGCAGAGGACUCCACAGUCGCUGGCCUUUCCUAAACUGCUUCUCUUUGGAGACCAAAACCUGUUGACCUGGACAGAUUCAGCCAUUUAUGUCUUCAUACCUCAGAAUGGACAAGUGCUUCUGUGGACUGAAGUCAAAGAUUUGAUGGAUAUUGCGGUCUACAGAGGUGAGCUCUUCUGUCUCCAUGGCAACGGCCGUCUCUCGCACCUGUCCAUGCUGUCUGCAGAUCGCUGCGUUGAGCGUCUGCUCCGCAGGGAGUCCUGGGUUCCUGCUGCAACCGUCGCCUGUAUGUUCCAGCACGUAAUCACCACCAGCAGGGCCAGGAAGUCCAUUCCCAUCGACCGCCUUGAACACUUGAAGUCUCAGCUCAGUCCCAGCACACACUCAGAGCUGAUUGGCCAGCUAGAGGAAGUCAUCACAAAGUUGGAGCCUCUGGACUCCGCCUCCAGCAGCCGCAGAAGCAGCAUCUCCUCCCAUGAGAGUUUCAAUGUCCUGGAUUGUGGAAUCUAUCGUGUGAUCAGCCGCAGAGGAAGUCAGUCGGAUGAGGAGACGAGCUCCCUCAUGAAUCAGUCCAUGUGUGAAGAGGAGCAGCUCAAAGAGUUCAGCUUUGUGCCAGAAGAGGAUCAGCCUGAUCACGAUCCACAGAGCAGCGAGCGCACGGAGGCCGACCGAUCAGAGCAAGGGCUGCCGUUUCAUCUCCCACUUUCAUUCCGCUCCAAACCUCCUCGCAUCGCGCUGCAGGCCGUCAAAGACAGUGUCUCUAGUUUCGUCAAGAAGACAACGGAAAAGAUCAACACCCUCCAGAUGAACUCUGAGCUCUUUCAGCGUCCUGAGUUUAAGGAGAGCGGACAAGCAGAAACAUCGACCAUCGUCAAUUCAUACUCUGAUGAAAUGGAGAAUGAAGUUUGUGAUGAAAUAUUGAACAAGGAGGCAGACAUGCAAGAACUUUGGUCAGCUACAGAGCGAACUUUCUCAGAAAUACAAGAUCCUUUGGUGUUACUAGAUCCAGUUCACUUGGCAGAAGCCCUGCUGGAGUGGCUGCCAGUUCUUGAGCGAAUCUUAGGACCUUCUAACCUCGGAUCAGCUGUUGUGAGUGAAUCAAACCAGAAUGGAGGAGAGCUGGGGAGAAGCAGCACUUUAAACCUCCUGUCAGAACCAGGGAAACCUUCAGAGACUGUUACAGUGGAGAGCAGGGAGUCUUCAGAGCUUGAAGAAAAAGUUGACCAGUGUGAGAUCCAGCAGCUAUCCGACUUUAGUGAGGAAGUUAUCGUAUGUGGGAGCCCUCCAGAGACUCUCCGAGUGAUGCCGCCUGUGCCUAUCCCAUCGGAGCUGCUAUCCAAACUCACUGAGUUAGCUACUGUCUACACUGAGCUAAGCUGCUUUAAAAAGCAGAAAGGAGGAGUGGAGUGUAAAACGUUUCUGCGACGCUACUUCUUUCUGCUGGACCACGAGCGCGUGCGGAGAAUGUGUCUGCUGUGUUAUCAGGAGCAGCCUGAUGUGAGGAGCUCCUUCAUGGAGGCCAUGUUUGAGCUCACUCAGACCAGUAAUGUGGUGGAGGUCAUUCAGAAAAAGGAUUUGCUCAAAUCUCUGCGCAGUCUGAGAGAACUGCAGCCGUGGAAAGCUCCUCUUUUGCUUGCUCAUUUGCACAGGCUGUAUGAGAAGCACGGGGAGGCAGCUGUGCGCUCCUUUUCCCACUUCUACCCCACCAUAACUCCUGCUGACGUUGUGGCUAUGGCUGACCGAAGCCACUUCCUGGCGUACCUGGAUAAUCUGGUGCAGUCCAGACCCGAGGAGAACAGAUUACACUUUUUGCAGUCCCUACUUGAACCUGAGUCACUGAGAGAGGAUUGGCUGGAGCUGGCUCUUACCCAUGAUGCACCUAAACACUGUGACACACUGAAUCCUAAUGGACAGCCAAGGUGGCACUCGCACUGUUUCCCUUGGGGUUAUGGACGACUUCUUUCUCUGCUGAUCCGCCUGCCUGCAGAUUAUUCCUCCAAGCAAAAAAUGGCCGAAAUGUGUCGGAGUCAUGGGUACUGGACUGGCUACCUCCAUCUGUGCAAGGAGCUGCAGCAUCGAUCUGAAGCCUUCUCAGCCAUCUGUCAGCUGGACGACAUCACCCUGUUGGAGGAACCUGAUGGUGUUGAACCCCACACUAUGGAAGAAUGGAAGCUGCUGAUCCAGCUGUCUCAGCAGCACCAUGACAUUGCAGCAAAUUCCCAGCAAGCCGCAGGUGUGAACGGGAGCAGCUGUUCGACUGACUGCGAAGGAAGGAUCAGUCCUGAAAGUCUCACCCUCAUGCUGGCCCGCACAGCCGGUCCGGACCGCGCCCUGUCGAUGCUGGAGGAAUGCGGAGUCCAGCUAGUCCUCUCUCCUCACUCCAAACUGGUGUGUGAGCUGCUGAGGGUCACCGAGAGGAGGCAGAGGGCGAUGAUUCAAACCAUGCUGGAGCGCUGUGACCGCUUCCUCUGGUCUCAACAUGCCUAAAGGUUAUAAACUAAAAAGUAAAACUAAUACAUCAUGGAUGUUUUCUCUCAUUCUCCUUCAAACAUGAAAGCUUUCAUUAAGUCGGUGAUGCCUUUUAAAGCCAGUAGAAAAACAAAACAAGUAUUUAACAACAGUGUUUUCUGUUUAAUGUGUUUGACAUCCCAAAGUUGUUUGUUUUUUAACAAAAACCCUGGUUUUUAAGCACUAACAAUAAAACAUUAAAUAUUUUAUCUUUAUGAACAAAGACUAAAUAAAUUCUAAAAAUGUAUUGAUUGUGUGAAAUGUCUUAAUGUUGUAUGUUUAAAUAAAAGUCUGAAUGAACCCUCA